AGACCUCACCCGUUUCGUUCAGUGUAGAUCGUCAUUUCGGCAGUUCAACAACCAACGCCCUCGAAAUAAUUUUGCUGGAAAUAUGGGUUGCGGAACAGGAUUGUGUAAGGGUAUUCUCUUCACCUUUAAUUUUCUCUUUUGGCUUAGUGGACUCGCUAUAGCGGCAAUUGCGGUAUGGAUUCUUGUCGAUCCGAAUAUGCUCAAUUACAUCGAUCUUUCGAACGAGAUCCUAGAUAAGGACUAUGCAAAAUAUGCACUAUACGUGAUGAUCGGUGUUGGAGUUUUCGUUCUAGCAGUUGGUUUCUGUGGAUGCUGUGGUGCAUUGACGGAGUCUGUUUGGAUGCUAGUAACAUACGCAACAUUUUUAGUUAUUAUUUUUGCUGCUGAGCUAGCUUUCGGUGUUUUAGCGAUGAUUUUCAGAGGCGAAAUAGACGACAAGAUAAAAGAUAAAGGAUCAGAGUUAAUUACUAAGAAGUAUAACGUCGAUACAGCGUUUACCUCUUUAAUACAUUUCGCACAAGUUAAACUAAAGUGCUGCGGCUUGAAAGAAGGUCUUGCUGAUUUUCCUACUGGUGAAGAAAUGCCAUGGAGUUGCUGUGUAUUUAAAACCGCUAUCGAAGAUAAAGACAACUUUCAAAAUGCUAUAAAAUUCUCUACUUACGAAGAUGAUAUGAAAGACAAGGACAAAUGUAAGAAUAAAGAAGAUGACUAUAUUUGGAAAGCUACCUGUUAUGAAAAGCUUAAAACGGAGGUAGAAGAUAAUAUCGUCAUCUUAGCUGGUGUUGGAAUUGGUAUAGCAGCUAUCCAAAUUGUUGGUUUUAUAAUUGCGUGCUUCCUUUGUUGCACACUAAGAAGGAAAGCCAAAUAGUAAAAAAAACCUUUUUUAUUUCAAGAAAAAAAAAAACCACUAAAAAAAAAGAAAAGAAAAUUAUUUAACAUAUUUAUAAAUAGCAUGUAUAUUUAUCAAUAUAUAUUUUCUUUAUACAUAUUAAUUCAUUCAUAGAGUUGCUAUUAAUUUGAUAAACAAAUUAUUAAGUAAAAUGAGUUGCUGUGCUUGUACCUUUUGUAUCUUACUCUCGCUCUCUCUCUCUCUCUCUCUUAUAAGAUAAUCCUCUCAUUUUGUUACUAAGGAAUAAAAUACAAAAAGAAAAAGAGAUCUUUAAAAAAUAUAUAUAUGUAAUUAUAUAAUAAGUUUUGAAAGUAUAUAAUUUCCUUUAUCACAUUACUAUUUAUAAUGAAUUCACUUAAUUAUUGUUUUUACAACUGAAAAUGAUUGAAUUUCACUUUAGUUUUUAUUUUAUAAAU